GUCCCAACGACGAACUACACGACUCCCUACCCAUAAUACCAUCGCAUCGCGUUACAUCACAUCUGCCGCCGGCACUCGCCCGUACGCAGCUUGUUUCUUCUGCUCGACGGCAUUGGCCACUGACAAAUGGACCACUUCAUCUCCCAUCCGGUCUUGCACUGUUUGUGCUACCCCGAUAGAUAUCAUCAUUGUCUGACGUAUUUACCUUACCGGCUUGGCCUCAUCUUUUCCGUCGAGGACCAUGCUCAAACUCCCUUCCUGCCAUCUCUCCCCGUUCUCGUCCCCGUCCUCGUCCUACUUCUUCCUCUUGCCGAGUACUCGCAUGUACGCUCGCUUAUGCAACCCGUCAUCUUUUCUUGUCUUUCCAAAGGCCAUUCCUCGACUCGGCUUCGUCACCUGGCGCAGCUGGGCGUAGCUGUAUCGAUAUCUCGUGUGGCUGGUUUACUUGAUGAUACCCUUUUCUUAUUUCUCGCAUUUUUAUUUGAAACUGCACUUCUGCUCAGCUCACUUACACAGGCGCGUGCACACAUGCGUAGACGUCUACGGAAUACACGUCAGGUAGGCAAUGGAUCACGAACUUCGAAGUUCUCCCUCCUAGCUAGCACGGCUUCCCUGUUCAUAUGUACACGUCACGCCGGCGUACAUGCACAUAACCUACCUGCCUGUCUACCUGCGUUAUAGGUAAUACGCACAUACAACAUGCGUACAUAACACAUAUAGACACAUAGACGCGCAUGUAGACACAACCAUGCCUCAUACACAUUCGACGUGUACGUCCACUGCUCCCCCCCCCAAGCCGGCUGCCCAACCCCCCGGCCUGGGCGGCACCAUCCGCUCCCAAUCUCUCCAACUAGUCAACGCUUCGCUUGUCUAUCACCCGUUUAUAUGGCGUCGUCAUAUGUGUAUCGUUAGGCUUGGGAUUUGCGAUGUGUGAUUCGUCUCAUUGAUUCGGACGCUGGCCACCCUGUGCAAGACCGACCUCCCUUGCGGAAUUGUGCUGCAUCUACUUACCUAACCUGGGUCUUCCGUCUUACACAGCCGGGCGUAUCCUACAAUCCUACCUCUGCCCUUU